UGCCUCGCUGAUUCUGAAAAAAAAAAAAAAAAAAAACCUUUUUUCUCCCUCUUCUACUGUUAAAGUUCGAGCUGUUCUACUUCAGUUACACUCAAAACAAUCGUUCAAAAACAAAAUUCCUUUUGAAGAAAGAAAUUUGUUCUUGUCGUCUGUUGAAAUAAUUCAAAAUAAAAAAUAAAAAAUACAAGCUCUGCAAGCUUGUAUCUGUUUUCAGUUCCAAUCACUUUAAGCUCUGCAUUAUUCAGUCAGUGUCACCAAAAAAAAAAACGGCCUUAAUUUUUUAUUGUUUUUUAUUGCUAAAUUUGAUUUUUUAUUCUUUAAAUUGUUUAGAUUGAAUUACAGUAAGUGCAGUGGAGAUCUUGUUGAAAUUUUGUUUAAGCAUUGAUCCAUUUCACCGGUAAUGAUUUAUUCGGUUAUUUAAGGACUGCGUUUUCUGAAUUUCUAGUUUUGAUUUGUUUGGUUGCUAAGAAAGCUGAGAAAAAAUUAAUAAAAACAGUUUGAAGUUUUUUUUUUAAAGAGAAGAGAUCGUAAAAUUCUGUUGAAGUAAACGCACGCUGACUAUAGUUGAAUUCUUUCCUCUUCAUUUGUUUGAUGAGUUUUUUAAUAUUCUACUUCUUAAAGUUACGUUUUCCUUUAGAUUAUAAUUUGUUAAGGAAAGAUCUAAAGCAAUGGAAUUUAGUAGCUUUUUUUGUUUUGCAGGAAAAGAAAAUGGCACAGAGUAAUUGGGAAGCUGACAAGAUGCUUGAUGUGUAUAUUCAUGAUUAUAUGUUGAAAAGAAAGUUGCAUGCUUCUGCAAAAGCUUUUAUGACCGAAGGAAAGGUUGCGACAGAUCCAGUAGCUAUUGACGCACCUGGUGGAUUUCUGUUCGAAUGGUGGUCUGUCUUCUGGGACAUAUUUAUUGCUAGAACAAAUGAGAAACAUUCUGUUGCUGCUGCAGCUUAUAUAGAGGCACAACAAAUAAAAGCAAGGGAACAGCAGCAACUACAAAUGCAGCAGCUGCAACUAAUGCAGCACCGCAAUGUUCAGUUACAACGAAGGGAUCCCAAUCAUCCUGCUCUUGGUGGUUCUGUAAAUACUAACUCUGAAGGAAUGAUGGGACAUCCAUCAGCAAGUAUCUUGGCCAUGAAACUGUAUGAAGAACGUGUGAAAAACCCUCAGUCUGUAGAUUCAGAGACAUCAUCAGCACUUAUAGAUGCUAAUAGAAUGGCCCUUCUGAAAACACAGGCCAAUCCUCAUAGCCAGUUGGUGCAAAGUAGCCGUGGAAAUAAGUCAGCAGCUUUGCAACAAAUCCAAUCACAAACACCACUAGCCACUGCAACUGCCCAGGAUAUCAAAAGUGAAGUUAAUUUCGGUGGAAAUCAGAAAAGCUUACCUAUGGAUCCCUCAUCCAUCUAUGGGCAGGCAAUUUUACAGCCUAAAUCAGGACUAGGAGGACUGAAUCAAGGUGUCUCUAGUCUUUCAUUAAGGGGUUGGCCUCUAACUGGCAUUGAUCAGUUAAGACCAAGUUUGGGCAUACAAAUGCAAAAGCCUAAUCUGCAGACCCAAAAUCAAUUUCUUUUGGCUUCUCAACAACAUAAUGUCUUGGCACAGGCUCAGAUACAAGGCAACCUUGGAAAUUCAGCAAACUUUGGGAACACAGACCCUUGUAGGUUUGGUCAAUUGUCUAGGGGCAACUUGAAUGCAAAAGAUGGUCAAUCUGCUAGAAACAAUGGAUCCACAUGCUCCCCUGUGCAUUCAAGUUCUCCAAAGAAGAAGAUGAGUCAAAUGUCACAUUCUUCCUCUCAACAACAGGAGCAGUUGCAACAGCAGCAGCCAUCACAGCAACUGCAUCAGAAUAACAGAAAAAGGAAACAACCCUCUUCUUCUGGAGCAGCUAACAGCACUGGAACAGGAAACACAGUUGGCCCUUCACCAAAUUCACCUCCAUCAACUCACCUGCCUGGUGAUGCAAUAACUACGGCAUCUAGUCUGCAGCAUGUCAAUAAUGCUUCUAAAAGCAUGAUUUGUGGGGAAGAUUCAACAGCGCACCUUUCAUCAUCUUCAAAUCUAUUGGAAGACAUAGAAAGGUUUGAUCCUUUGGAUGAAAAUACGGAGACGCUACUUUCGCAUGAUGGAAGUGAUGUGAGGGGCAUCUAUGGUACAGUUAAACAAAGUCCUAAUGAGCACCAAAAGGAGUCUGUUAAAGGUUUCACUUUUGCUGAGGUUGGUUGUAUACGGACCAGAAAUAGCAAAGUUACUUGCUGUCAUUUUUCUUCGGAUGGGAAGUUCUUGGCUAGUUCUGGGCAUGACAAGAAGGUGGUGCUUUGGAAUAUGGAUACCCUUCAAACAGUGAGUAGUCCGGGAGAACACAAAUUGGUUAUUACAGAUGUUCGCUUCAGACCAAAUUCAACUCAGUUGGCAACAGCUUCAGUUGAUAAAUCAGUGCGAAUAUGGGAUGCAGCUAAUCCAAGCUAUUGUGUGCAAGCAUACAAUGGCCACUCUUCACCUGUGAUGUCCCUUGAUUUCCACCCCAGGAAGACUGAAUUAUUUUGUUUUUGUGAUAACGACAAUGAAAUACACUACUGGAAUCUUAAUUUAUUCUCAUGCAUGAGGAUGUCCAAGGGAGGUAUGGCCCAAGUGAGAUUUCAACCAAGACUUGGACAUUUUCUGGCAGCAGCUUCAGAUAAAGUAGUGUCUAUCUUUGACGUGGAAACCGAUAGGCAAAUAUUAACAUUUCAGCAGGGGCAUUCGGAAAUUGUAAACUAUAUAUGCUGGGAUGUGAAUGGAGAUUAUUUGGCAUCCGUGAGUCAUGACUUGGUAAAACUAUGGUCGGUGGCUACAGGGGAGUGCAUUCAAGAACUCAGUUCUGGUGGGAACCAGUUCCACUCUUGUGUAUUUCAUCCAAGUUAUUCCACUCUUUUGGUGAUUGGAGGAAUCUCGUCUUUGGAGUUGUGGAACAUGGCUGAGAACAAGAGCAUGACAAUUCCAGCUCAUGAGAAUAUAAUUUCGGCACUCGCACAAUCACCUGUCGGAGGAAUUGUUGCGACAGCAAGUCAUGACGGCUCUGUUAAGCUAUGGAAAUAGAACAAUAGAAAUAGGAGAAAAAAAAACAGCAUUGCUUCCAGUCCCAUGGAAAUGGUAUGUAUAAAUAUGGUAUGGUGUGUAAUUUAUUCUGGAAUCCUCUUCAUAAUUCUGCUAUGGGUAGCUUCUCUGCUUUGAGUUAGAGCAGAAAAUUUUCUGUUUUUUUGUUCA